AGUGUACAGAGUGGCCGAGUAAGGCACGGAUCGAACAGCUCGCGGAGACACAAUUCAACCCCUGUGAGAGAGUCAGUCCCGUAAAAAGUGAGACAAUGUCUUGAAAUGCUGUAAAAUGUCAUGAGAUGUCCCGUGACGCGUACGUGGGGGGAACCCGGUCUCCGCGAGGCGUGAGACUUCCCACUGUGGACCGCUCCCCCAGUCGGGGGGCAUACCCCGGUGGCAGUCCCCUAGGUCGGAAGCCCUUGAGGCAGACGAGAUCGGGUAAUAAUUCACCGGAACACGGGUACGGGUAUCACCAUUCUUCGCCGUAUUAUAGAGACGAGGAUUUGGGGAGUCCUAUGUUGGAGGAGAGAGGAAGGCCUAUGACCGUAGGGCCUGGGCAUCAUCGCUCUAGGAGCGCUACAAGACCAUCCAAUCCAAUGUCUGUUCGAUAUCAGUCUUUAGAUAGAGGACCCACAAUGGACCACGAACGAGAAUUUUUACCAAUUCGAGAUAGACGAGAUAGAUCCCUUGACAGAGGGUUAUAUUUUGACGAUGAACCUUAUAGUUCCAGUUUUAUUUCCAGAUCCGCCCGUCAAUCUCCAACCUCCCACCAGCCCUUCAUCGGAGAACUUCAGCACCAAAAUUCAGACCUUCAACGCGACCUAGCGAACCUAAAGAAAGAACUAGAACUGACCAAUCAAAAAUUGGGAUCGUCUAUGCAUUCCAUCAAGACUUUCUGGAGCCCAGAACUGAAGAAAGAACGGGCAUUAAGGAAAGAAGAGUCAGCCAAGUACAGCCUAAUCAACGAUCAGCUCAAAUUACUAAGUAGCGAAAAUCAGAAACAAGCUAUGCUAGUACGUCAAUUAGAAGAAGAAUUACGAAUGAGGAUGAGGGGGCCGAGCAUCGAAAUUCAGCAGCAAAUGGAGGCUCUAUUUCAAGAAAACGAACAUUUAACUAGAGAAAUAGCAAUAUUACGAGAUACCAUUAAGGAGCUAGAGCUACGGAUAGAGACACAAAAACAAACGCUGCAGGCUCGCGACGAGAGCAUAAAAAAAUUGUUGGAGAUGCUUCAGAACAAAGGCAUGGGUAAAGAGGAAGAGAGACAGAUGUUCCAACAAAUGCAAGCUAUGGCUCAAAAGCAGCUGGACGAGUUCCGCGUGGAGAUUCAACGCAGAGACCAGGAGAUCCUCGCGAUGGGCGCCAAGAUGAAGACCUUAGAGGAACAGCACCAAGACUACCAACGACACAUCGCAGUCCUCAAAGAAUCCCUCUGCGCCAAGGAAGAACACUACAACAUGCUCCAGACUGACGUCGAGGAACUCAGGCAACGGUUGGAGGAGAAGAACCGAUACGCAGAGAAGAAAGCUCAGCAGUUUCAACAAGAGAGAGGCCGAGCUGGCGCCGAGAUUGCAGAGAUGAGGGAGCACAUGGAGAUCAAGGAUAGAAAGAUUAACGUUCUACAAAGAAAAGUUGAAAAUCUGGAAGAUCUUCUAAAGGAGAAAGACAACCAAGUAGACAUGGCGAGAGCCCGGUUGUCUGCAAUGCAAGCUCAUCACUGUUCAUCUGAAGGCGCGCUUUCCUCGCUUGAAGAAGCCAUCGGCGACAAGGAGAAGCAGAUGAACCAAUUACGAGAACAGAGGGAUCGCGCUGAACAGGAAAAGCAAGAGGAACGGGAACUGCACGAACGAGAAAUAGCAGAGUACAAGAUGAAAAUACACGCACUUAAUAGUGAAGUUGAGAAACUUACAGCUAGAUUAGAAAGAGCACAAAAUGACAGAGAUCGCUUGGAAGCGAAGUUGGAAAGUUCUCAGUCGGAGUUGGGUAAAUCCAAGGCCGAGUUGGAUAAGGCCGCCGUCGAAGUAGGAAGAAGCGGAGCAGACUGGGAGGCGGCAAGACAGCGUUUGACCCGAUUGGAACUGGAAAACGAACGUCUCAGGGGCGAAAUCGAAAGAGCACAGACCACUACCACUAGUUCGUUUGGAAGGGUCACUUUCAGCAGCUCUCACGAAUUAGAUAGAAUGCAAGAGAGAGCUGACAAGACUUCCUCUGACCUCAGAAGAUGUCAAGCUGAGCUAAGAGUGACCCAGGCAGACAGCGAAAGAGCACGACAAGAGGCAACAGCUUUACAAGAAAAACUUGAGAAGUCUCAGGGGGAAGUAUACCGCCUCAAGGCCCGACUAGAAAAUUCUCACCAAGAACAAGAGAGUCUUCGGGAAGAAUUGGAGAGAGCGCAAUCGACUACGGCGAAAUUGCACUCGGACAAAGAUCGAGCGUACGGGGAGUUGGAGAAGGCACGAGAAGAACUGGAGCGUACGUCGGCGACCUUGGGAAAGGCUCAAUCACAACAAGACAAAUUACAGAACGCUCUAGACAAAGCACAGACCGAAGUAGACAAGUUACAAGAAAAGCUCGACAAGUCACUUGGGGAGACCAGAAGGAUACAAUUGGAGAAAGAAAAGGUGGCAUACGACUUAGAGAACAUCCAAUCGCAAUUGGACAAGGUUCUCGGCCAGUCUGCUCGUCUGCAGAAAGAAAAAGAGUCAGCUCAAGUAGAAUCAGAUCGGCUGAGAGAUAAAGUGGAAAAAACGCAGACUACCAUUACUAGAAUCCAGAAAGAACGUGAUAGUUUCCAGGACGAAUGCGAAAAACUGAAGGAAAGAGUCGAAAUGCAGCUGACACAAAUAGCGAAGGUACAAAGAGAACGAGCAGACAUAGAAACCGAACUUGACGUCAUUAAAGAUAGGUGGGAGAAGACACAUUCUUCACAACAAAAACUACAAAUCGAAAGAGACGAUGCUCUCUCUGAGAUCGAUCUCUUAAAGGAAAAACUAGAUAAAGCAAUAUACGCUUCACAAAAAGCAUUGGAUGAUCGAGAAAACAUGCACAAAGAGUUCGAUAAAUUAUUGGAGAAAUACGAUAGAUCACAAAGUGACCUCUAUAGAAUACAAAACAAAUUAGACACCGUUUCUGCCGACAAGGAACGACUUGAAAUAGAAUUAGAAAAACAACAAAUUCACGCAACCAAACUUCGAGAAGAUCAACGCAAGGUCCAAGAGGAAAUGGCAAGAACGCAAGAAAUGUAUGACAGAGUCGCAAUGCAACUUGGAAGAUCUAAAGAAAUUGAGGAAAAGUCUAAAGAAGAACUAGAACGAAUGAAUAUUGACAUCGAAAUGGUAAGGGAUAGAUACGAAAAGGUUCAAAUUGAAAUAAGAAGAAUCCAAAGUGAAAAAGAAAAGCUUCAUGCCGAUAACGAGAGAAUGCAGUACGAAAUAGAAAGAACACAUGGUCAAAUUGCCAAAGUACAGGCUAGCUACGAGAAAUCUCAAGAAGAAUCAGCCAGAUUACAAGUAGAAGUAGAAAAGGCUCGUGACAAACACGAUAAACUUCAAGUUGAAUUUAGGAAAAUAAUUGCCGAAUACGAUGCUCUACGAGAAUCUAACGUUCCAGGAAGAGACAGGUAUACGAAGUACGAUAGAGAUGAGAGAUCGAGAGAUGACAGCGAUCGCUUGCGUGCAGAAAUUGACAGGUUGAGGGAAAGACUCGACAAGACACUAGGAGAUCUAGAUAGAUCCAGAAAAGAAAUUGCCCACAUGGAAACCACAAGAGGCAAAUUUACAUACGAGCAAGAAAAAGAAAGGAGCAUGGAGAUGGAACGACUUAAAGACGAUUUAACACGAACUCUCAAUACUAAUCAACAACUAGAGACCAAAUUACACGAGGUAUCUAUACAAUUAGACCUCGCAAGACAAGAAGUGUCCAAAGUAUCUGGUGGACAAGAUAAGCAGCGAAACGAACUUGAACGUGCUGUAAUAGAAUGUGAGAAACUAAGAGAUAGGUACGAGAAAUUAAAACUCCAAUCAGAAAAAUUGGAAAAAGACAACGAAAAAUUAAAAUUAGAAAUCGCACAAGCGGAUAGGAGGCAAACUUUAGCAGCCGACAAAGUAAGAAAUGACGAAAGGUUGGAAAUUGAACGACUCAAGGAAAAACUAGAAAAGGCAAUUCAGGCUCGAGACGCUACUGAACUUGAGGCUGGUCGUCUUGCGCAAGAGCUGGAGAAAUCUCAGCAACAUUUGGCGAAUGCCUUACAGACCAACGAGGCUACUAAAAUUGAAUUUGAAAGAAUGGCGAAUGAACUUGCUAGAAUGCACGAGAGGAUAGAAAGGGACAAGCUUGACUGGAAAACCAUGGAACAGGAGAGAGAUGUACUUAGGGCAGAGCUACAACAAAUACGAACCGGAUUGGAUUCACAACGAAGGACGAUAGAUCACAGAUCACAAGAAACCAUCGUUAAGUUGCAGCAAGAAUUAGCACAGGUUUCUAGGGAGAGAGAAAAGAUGGUAGCCAUGCUUGACAAGCAAGGUCGUCAAGGUGAAUCUAUAGAAAAGCAAAUAAUUAAGUAUGAGGCAGAUAUAAAACAGCUAACAAUGGAACGAGAUCAAUUAGUAAUGCAACUAGAAAAAUCUCAAGAUAUGCUUAUGAACUUCCAACAAGAGUUAAAUCAGAGCGAGGCAGAACUAGAAAAACAAAAAGCUGAAGUAAUAAGACUUAAAACAGAACAGAAGAAGAUGACGCAGGAUGUCGAAAGAGGAACCAAAGAUGUCAUUGAAAAUAGAGAUAAGGAAAUCGCUAAAUUGCAACAACAGUUACAAGCAGUACAGAAAGAAAGAGACACUCACCGACAGAGAGCAGAUAAAGCAGAAAAACUUCUUCAUGAAUCUGGAGCCAGAGGAGACUCUGAACUGGAACAAUGGAGAAAGGUCGUACAACAAGAAACAGACCGAGCGGAUCAAGCCGAAAAAACGGCACAGGAUCUUCAAAAACGUAUUCAGGUUAUGGAGAAACAGUUACAGCAGCAACUACAACAGAUGGCACAAUAUCAGAAAGAAAGGGGAAUACAACCACCGCCGCAAGACGACAAGGAGGUUGCACGGUUAAGAAAAGAACUAGAGAAAGCACAUACGGAUGUAAAGAAUUCGACCACAGAAAAAGAAAGGCUGCAGUCACAACUUGAGAUGCUGGUUCAAGAGCUUGAAAGAAAUCAGAUGGAACUUCAAGAAGCUCACAAGAGAGCAGCUGCUGUCAGUGCCCAAAAACCAACCGAGGACCAUACCGCUGAGAGGAGGCAACUGGCCGAAGAGAGAAAGAUAAUCGAAGAAGCUAAGAAACAGUUUGAGGAACAAAGAAGAAUCGUAGAAAAUAAGAGUAGACAAGUAGAAGAAAAAGAGAGAGCCUUAGCAGAUUUAGAUAAGCAAUUACAAAAACAAAAGCAGCAACUGGACCAAUUACAAAAUUCCUUACAGAGAGCUGGCGGAAACGCUGCCGCUGUGGGUGAGUUAAAUAAGAAGUUGGCUGAUGCCGAGAAAAAGAUGGAACAAGCACAGGAAGAAGCAAAACGGUCGGCUACUGAAAUGGAAAGACUGCUUCAAUUAGUUCAAAUGAGCCAGGAAGAACAGAACGUUAAGGAGAAGCAGAUUUCGGAUCUGCAACAGGCCCUUAAAAAUGCACAGGCAAAAUUAAAACAACAGCAACAACAAGCACAACAACAAGAGGCUGGACCUGCUGGCUUCUUAAAAAGCUUUUUCUAGUCUUGCCAUGCCAUCUCCUCAAUCCUGCCCCAUUCCCCCACUUAUCCGCUCCAAUUUUUUAUUUAAUCGUAUUUGUAUAAAUGCAUAAUGUAUAUUGUCAACGCUAUGUUUUGUACCGUUUUGUUGCUUAACAUUAGGAAAACGAGAACAGUAUUACAAGUAAACACGACUUCAAGAUAACGAUGGAUCCGGAGUCGAGUACAGAAAAUAAACAGUUAGAAGACGACAGUUACGUCAAGCAUCUAGAGUCUACUAUCAAGCUCUACGAAGCCGAACUGCAAAAACACGAAACAGAGAAACAGGACCUGCCGGAACCUUCAACAGAAAGGGACGCUGUCUGUAAAGCAAUAGAUUCUAAAUAUAUUAAACAUUUAGAGGAAUCAUUAAAAAUUAAUGAAAAUUCUCU